UUCUUAACGGCUAUGCCAACGAUGCCUCGUUUUAUACUACCAUGAGUUUUUGCCAAACCCCGUCACUUAUAACACAAUCUCCGGAAUUUUUGACGCGGAAAUUUCUCAUUCGCUAUUAUUUGAGCACAAAGAAUGUUGCCGAUUCGGUAGAAGUUGGACACGAAAUAUUCGAACAACAACUAUCACCAUUGGGAAAUGCCGUGGCAGGAGCCCUUGGGGCUUUAUUUUCUCUAACAGUCACCUAUCCCUUAGACAUCAUAAAAACUCGCCUCCAGGUACAAUCGAAAUCCCUCUCAUCAAGCACGCCAUAUUACAACUCGACUCUUGAUGCCAUACAUCAAAUCGUAAAUUCCGAAGGCGUACUCGGUUUAUACACAGGCCUACCAGCUGGUCUGAUUGGCGUUGCAUCGACCAAUUUUGCGUAUUUUUACUGGUAUUCUUUUAUCCGCACACGCUAUCAACGGAUGUACCCAACCAUUUCUACUGCUGCCGAGCUGCUAGUAGGUGCUUUGGCUGCAAUACUUGCUCAGAUAUUUACCAUUCCAGUAUCAGUGGUAACUACACGUCAACAAACAGCAAGUAAGGACGAGAGACGAGACUUGUUUGGGACAGCGGAAGAGAUUAUCAAUGAAGAUGGAAUAACCGGAUUAUGGAAGGGGUUGAAACCAUCCAUGGUAUUAUGUGUAAAUCCAGCCAUUACUUACGGAAUGUUUGAGCGAAUGAAGUCAAUUUUAUCAAAAGAUGGUGAUCUUUCACCGAGAAUGGCUUUCCUGAUAGGUGCUUUGAGUAAGACUCUGGCAACUGUUGUGACGUAUCCUUAUAUUAUGGCAAAAGUGAGGUUACAGUGGAAAUCACCGAAAUCAUUGGCAGAGGAGCGUGAAGACGAGACCAAACUCGAGGAAAGCGUAUAUGAAGAUAGGUCGACGGAGAAGAGUAAGAGAGCAUUCGGCAAGAAACAGAACGCAAGAUACAACGGAGCAAUAGACGUUUUGAAGAAAGUUUGGAUUGCUGAUGGAUUUUUCGGUUGGUACAAGGGAAUGCAGGCGCAAAUUACCAAGGCUGUGUUGUCGCAGGCCCUAUUAUUUUGGGUUAAGGAAUAUACUACAAGAUACACAAUACUUUUGUUUGCGUUAGUUGCAAGAUUAGCCGUUAAUAAGCGGGUCACUUCACAAAAGGCUUAA